ACAAGCCAGCCAACAAUGGGUAUUUGCACUUCUUGCCACUCAACCUCCGUCGUCACCGCAAAACUAAUAUUACCCGACGGCAGAUUACAAGAAUUCAUCUACCCCACCAAAGUUCACCACGUCCUUAACAAAAACCCUUUAAUCUUCAUAUGCAACGCCGACGAAAUGGACUUCGACGACGUCGUUUCCCCCAUCAAAGACCAUGAGGAGCUUCAACCUGGGCACCUUUACUUUGCCCUUCCCCUCAAAAGGUUGAAGCACCCGCUUCAACCUGAGGAGAUGGCCGCAUUGGCCGUCAAGGCCAGCGUCGCACUGGCAAAAUGCAGCGCUGGCCAGCGUCGUAAAACAAAUAUUUGUUUUACGACGUCACGGGUUAAGAGUUCUAGUAGGGUGGCGGAUGUUGUCGGGUUGGGCCGGAGGAGUUGCCGCGGUGGCGGUGGCGGUACCGGUGGUGGGAAGAGAGGGAGCUUUAGGGUUAUGUUGAGUGCUAUACCGGAGUGAAGUUUUGGUAAAAGUUGAGUUGGUUGGUUUAGUAGAUGCGGUAAAUUAGUUGCUGAUGUGAAUUGGCGAUUACUUUUGUGACGAUGUCGUUUUUUAGCCGUUCACUUUGUUUACCUUUACCAUAUUGGGAAUAUUGUCACUUUUUUACCGAUGAUAUGGGUUGCUAUGGAAAUGUAAUGUCUUUGUUUUCGUA